GCCCCGGGGUGAAGGUGGAAGGACGCGGGAGGCUCUGCAUGUUCCAGCGCUGGAGGUGGUGGGAGGGGACCUGCUGCCUGGUCCGGCCGAUCAUGAAUAAGAUGAAGAACUUUAAGCGCCGCUUCUCCCUGUCCGUGCCCCGCACCGAGACCAUCGAGGAGUCCCUGACUGAGUUCGCAGAGCAGUUCAACCAGCUCCACAACCGGGACAGUGAGGAUCUGCAGCUUGGUCCUCUUGGCAGAGACGCCCAGCCAGAGUCCAGCACCUUCUCCCCCACCGACGGUGGGGAGGAGCCCAGGCCGCCGUCCCCGGGCAUGCGGUUCCGGCGGCAGAGCCAGCGCCGCUUCUCCAUGGAGGACAUCAGUAAGAGGCUCUCCCUGCCCGCGGACAUCCGCCUGCCCCAGGAAUUCCUGCAGAAGCUGCAGCUGGAGAGCCCGGAGCUGCCCAAACCGCUGAGCCGCAUGUCCCGCCGAGCAUCCCUGUCAGAUAUCGGCUUUGGGAAACUGGAAACAUAUGUGAAACUGGACAAACUGGGGGAGGGCACCUACGCCACGGUCUUCAAAGGGCGCAGCAAGCUGACGGAGAACCUGGUGGCCUUGAAGGAGAUCCGGCUGGAGCACGAGGAGGGGGCGCCCUGCACUGCCAUCCGAGAGGUGUCUCUGCUGAAGAACCUGAAGCACGCCAAUAUUGUCACCCUGCACGACCUCAUUCAUACGGAGCGGUCCCUCACCCUGGUGUUUGAGUACCUGGACAGUGACCUGAAGCAGUAUCUGGACCACUGUGGGAACCUCAUGAGCAUGCACAAUGUCAAGAUCUUCAUGUUCCAGCUGCUCCGGGGCCUCGCCUACUGCCACCGCCGCAAGAUCCUGCACCGGGACCUGAAACCCCAGAACCUGCUCAUCAAUGAGCGGGGGGAGCUGAAGCUGGCGGACUUCGGACUGGCCCGAGCCAAGUCAGUGCCCACGAAGACCUACUCCAACGAGGUGGUGACCCUGUGGUACAGGCCCCCCGACGUGCUGCUGGGGUCCACCGAGUACUCCACGCCCAUUGACAUGUGGGGCGUGGGCUGCAUUCACUACGAGAUGGCCACGGGCAGGCCCCUCUUCCCCGGCUCCACGGUGAAGGAGGAGCUGCACCUCAUCUUUCGACUCCUCGGGACCCCUACAGAAGAGACGUGGCCCGGAGUGACGGGCCAGUCUGAGUUCCGCGCCUACAACUUCCCCCGGUACCUCCCCCAGCCGCUCAUCAGCCACGUUCCCAGGUUGGACUCCGAAGGCAUCAACCUCCUGACCAGCCUUCUCCUGUAUGAAUCCAAGAGCCGCAUAUCAGCAGAGGCAGCCCUGAACCACCCCUACUUCCGGUCUCUGGGGGAGCGUGUGCACCAGCUCCAAGACACUGCCUCCAUCUUCUCCCUGAAGGAGAUCCAGCUCCAGAAGGACCCAGGCGGCCGGGGCCUGGCCUUCCAGCAGCCAGGACGAGGGAAGAGCCGGCGACAGAGCAUCUUCUGAGCUGCGCCCACCCCACUGCGGCCAGAGGGAGAGAGGGCCCACUGAGGGUGGCUUAUGCGGCCCUCGGAGGACAGAGGACGGAGGAUCGAGGGCGAGGCCAGCCCAGAAGACCUCUGGCAGCCCUGCUGGACACAGCUGGGUCCUGACCUGCUCCCCAUGUCUCCCUGGUGGCCUCGGCCCAGACACCAACCCCUCCAUCACCUGCCCUGGGAGGGGGUGAGGGGCAAGGAAGGACCUCGGACGCUUUUCCAUCCCAAAGCCCUCGGGCACCAGUGUGGGGCCCACGGGGCCAGGAGGACCCAGCUGCCGGGCUGAGCACGGUGCCCUGGACAUGCCUCCCCCGGGGCCUGCCUGUCUCACCAGUUUGGUAGAUCCCGUUAUGGGCCCCUCGUUCCCUUCUCCCCUCUGAGAGCAGGAAGCGACAUGGCACCUUUCCCAGGACCCUGGAAUCCUGGGUGCCAGUUUGUGUGCCAAAGCACCUGAGGGGCAGGUGCCCCCAGGGCCACCGGGGAAAUAGUCGGCCUAUCCCCACUCCAUCACCCCACCUGCUCCCAUUCCCCCUCCUGGCCAGAGGCCCUGUAUGCUGCUGGAUGCCUGCUGAGUCCGGCGGCCUGGCACCGCCAGGGGCACUCCUGCGCCUCCGCUGCCCGCCGUCUCCCUAGUCUGAAGGGGACUGACUGCCUUAAGUUGGAAGGUGGGAGCACGCACUGCCCUUGGAGCUCUGACCCGAGCUCCUACCUGCCCAGCCUUUCCCCAGAGCAGCUCCUGCUUGUCGCACCCGCGUGCUGAUAAGCCAGCCCGGGGCCAGGGUCCUGAGGACAGCACCCAGAUAGGCAGGGUCACCCGGCACUGGUGCCAGGCUGGCCUUGGCUCCUUGGGCCUGGCACAGCCUCCCUGCCCUCCUUCCCAGCCCCUGUGGCCCUGUCCUUGCUCCACCCGAUCCUGGCACCAGCCGCCCCAAAGGGUGGUCAUGAGAAGGCGAGUGUAAAUGCCAGCCUGAGGUAGAGGAAGGUGGGGUGGGCCAGCACAGGGGCUGGAAGUCUGAGGGGCCUGGGCCCCUGGAGAAGGGCCUCCCCAGCACCCCUUCCGAGCCUGCCUGCUGUGUCCCCAAGGGCACCUCCACAGGUGGCUGAACCUCGAAUACCAAGGCCAAGGGGAAGCCAGGCCCGACCUUUCCAUACCAGCCCCUGCCCUGCCCGCCCUCCGCCUGAGGGGCAGCCCUGGAGGGUCUUUGCCUCCUGCAGGGCCCUCCCCUCCCCCACGGUACUGGUACUGUGAACGUCCUGGGACUCAGCAGGGAGACCGACGCCAUAUUUAAUUCAUGUACAGAAAGGAGCCGCAGUCUCGCGAAGAAAAGCUGAGUCCGACAGAUUGAUGCCAAAGAUGGAGGCCUUCUGGGCCUCAGGGGUGCGGGUGUGUGUGUGUAUAUGUGUGUGUGUGUAUAUAGUGG